UCUGGCAUCUUCUACUCCACACAUAUCAUCUUUAUUUCUAUCAGAAGUUUCUCUGUACGUGUUCCUCUGCGCGCCCAUGUAUUCUUUUAGUGUAUUUUAAUGCUGUGAUUGUGAGGUUCUGAAGCAGUGUUUUCUGAUGUUGCAACACCUGUCAAGUGAUAGUACAGCUUGCAUCUCAGAGGAUUUGUCCGGAUACUGGAAGAGCGUCCUCCGACCCCUCCUUGUCAGCAAGGUAUAAAUUAUCCAGGUUAUGGAAGCGGGAAACCCAAUCUGCUCUCUUGUCGACCGUCCCUUCACCCGUAUGUCUACCGAUAUCAGUGACCUUGAUCUCUUUUUCUGCGGUGAAGUUACUGUGUUCAAUGUUGAAAGCCCAAAGGGGAAUGCUUUCAACUUCGACGAGCUCGCACUGUUUGCAGAUGUUCCUCCUUAUCACCCACCAUCCGUGGAGGUGUUGAAUGUCAUCAAUGAUACGCUCAGGUCUCCCCAAGCCAAGUCAGAGCUUCAAGAAGCAAUUAAAAAUCUGGGCGACUCUGCCCACACGGUCGAAGUAUGUUUCAAUAACGUCGCCGACUGUCUCCACAGGGCCCAGAGGCAAGGGACAGAAGCGCAAGCACUGGAGUUGAUGGGAUAUGCUGAAAAGUGGGUAGUCCAUCGCAAGGAAUACAUCCGCCUGCUGUGGGAAUCGCGUCGUGUUGCUGGGCAUGCUCGAGUGGUUGCAGACGAUUUUGCUGGGAAUUUCAUGAAUCUGAUGGCUGCCACUGAUGUCACAUUUGCUGAAAAAAAGAAAGAGAUUCAGGCAUAUCGCAAUCAACUGCAAGAGGAUGCGAAGGAGUCCUCAAACCUUUCCCAAGGUUUUUACGAUCUAAAGAAUGUUGUGGAACGGUUUCAGGACGACGUGGUGGGAUUUCUGCAGUCUCGUGGCGAACUAGAAACCCAAGUUCAGGAUCUACGGGCAAACCUGGACAAAAUCAAGAAGGAUAUCUCUCGACUGACUUGGCGGGCUUUCUUUGGUGCCGCAGAUCUCAUUGGAGGCGUUGUAGCAAGUGGUCUUGCGGGGGUCUUUGCAGUUGGUGUAUUGUGCCCACUUCUGUGGAUUGGUAUUGCUUUGGAAGCAUAUAAAGCUGUCACGAAGGGAGCAGGCUUAGUCCAAAUAAUUCUGGAACGAAAAGCGAAAACGGCAGAGUUAGAAACGCUGCGGAAACUCCUUGAGCAACAGAUGAAAUCCGCAGAAGGAAUGCGUAAAAUCCACACUGUCCUUGAUCCCUUGAAAUUCGACAUGGAAAUGAUCAAGGAGAAGCUGGUCGUUUUCGGAAAAAUUUGGCAAUUAAUUCAUACCGAUCUCAAUGAGAUCGAGAGGAGUCUUGACCUUGCAACCGGCGGUGCCGGUACCCAAUUGUUCCAAACGCGGCUUGACGCCGUUUCGACUAUAUACCAUACGCUCGCGGACGCUCUUUACCAAUACGAGACCAACGUUCACGUCCAGAAUGUCGCUGAGCUUGAGGAUUGAUCAUCCUUCUUGGUUUUAACCUCUGUAGAACAUGCUUCAUGUAAUAUAAGAUUGUACAUCGAGUCUGUCUCCGCCCUGUUACAAAGGUCGCCGUCCCUUCGACGUAUACCCAUGUAUGAAAUCACGAAUCGUGAUCCAGGAAUAGAUGCCAGCACCGAAGGGUGCUGAUAGCUAACAACUUUGGGCAAUUCUGUGCCAAUGUGUCAACUGAA